AAUAAAGAAUUUUUUCAUUCAGGGAUAUCAGUUGUAUCUGCAUUUACCAACUUAUAUCAACAAAUACGUCUACCAGCUACAUAAACUCAAAAAUGAAGGCAUUUUUGGUUGCAGCUCUUUUCAUUCAAUGCGCAUUGUUUGUUUCUUGCGACUUUAACGAUCCAAAGUGGAAGGCGCUGCGCGCAAAGUGUGUUGGGUUGACUGGCAUGGACGAAACACACAUUCAUAACGCCAAGCAAGGCCAAUUCACUGUUGAUGAGACUUUCAAAAUGUACUUGAAGUGUAUCAUGGACGAAGAAAACUUGUGGCUGCCAGGUGGAAAAGUGAACGUUGAAGCCUUGAUGGAGGCCAUUCCCGAGAAAUUACUUCCAAUUUUUGAGAAACCAGUGAAGGAAUGCAUCGAUGAAGUUGAGCACGAUCCGGAACAACACGAAUUGGCCUACAAAUUGACAAAAUGUGUUUACGACAAAACUCUUGACCACAAUUUAAUUAAACUUGUGACACUUUUUUGCUGUCUACUAGCAGCGAAUUCCUGGAAAAAUGUGCCGGAGGAAUUCAUGGAAAUCGGUAAUGUUGUUUCGGAAAAAUGCAUUGGAAAAGUGCCAGUUUCCAAAGAAACUGUGGCAAAAGCAAGAGAUUUAAUUUUUCCUGAAACAGGAACCGAAGAAGAGAAUCACUAUAAAUGCUAUUUACUGUGCAUCUUCCAAGAACUUGGCGUUUGGGGUGAUGGCGUCGUUGACGUCGUCAAACAUGAAAUGGCAUUCCCUCCACAUCUACGUGAAAAGUAUAAUUCAAGUCGUAUGAGUUGCAAAGGCACAAAAGGUGCAAAUGAUUGCGAAUCAGCUUUCUUGACAAUGGAGUGUUACAAAAACCACGAUCCAGACAAUUACUUUAUUUUUUAAGCAAUGCAAUAUAAAUACCGAGUGGAAAUUGAGCGUACGCACGUAGGCAACCAAAUAAACAU